AGGGAAAAAAAAACAACAGAAAACUCAUACGUCUUUCAGAAGCCAAAGGCCAGCACUGAAGCACAUUUGCUUCCCAGAUGGACUCUCAGACCAAAACAGGGAAGGUUUACCUGCAACCGCACAAAGUUGGCAAAAAAUGGAAGCCAGUGUGGUUGUCUCUGUUUCCCCCCAGCAGCAGUGGAGUGGGUCGACUGGAGAUCCAGGAUAUGGGAGGUGGUGGUGCUGGAGCUGAUCACAUGCCUGGGGUGAGGAGACACUACCAGCCCCAUAUGGACAGGAAGCUGAAGGUGGUCCGACUGUCCGACCUGAUCAGUGUCCUCAGACUCCCCCCAAAUGCUGAGGCCUGUCCAAUGGACAACAUGGCAGCAUUUUGUGUGGAGACACAGGAAAGAACGAUGGUGUUUGCUGCACACAAAGACGACUGCAUUGAGUGGGUAGACAAACUGUGUCAUAGCACGUUUCAGAGAGGUGUUGGCUCAGACUCUACUCAGCUUCAAAUGGAGGAGAACCAGAUAUAUGCCUCAGCAGAUGACGCCUCAGAGUUCUGGGUGCAGGUUCAGAGGACUGAUGCAGCAACACGUUGUGGCCUGAAGGGGUCGUACUGGCUGCAGGUCGGGCAAGAGGCGCUGCUGCUGAGAGAAACACAGAAAAAGGACGUUGUCAGAGAAUGGCCGUAUGAACUGCUGAGACGAUAUGGAAAAGAUAAGCUGGCCUUAACUAUCGAAGCAGGGAGACGCUGUGACUCUGGUCCAGGAACGUUCACCUUUGAGACACAGCAGGCUGAGAAGAUAUUCUUACUGAUCCAGAGUACCAUCAAACGCAAGACUUCAUCUGCCACUUCAGGCAAUCAAAACCAAGAGGCUGAGAAGGUUGUAACCAACAUACGGGCUCACUCCCCUCUCCCCAACAUACAGGCCCACUCCCCUCUCCCCAAAAUACCAGAUAUGACCAGUAUGGUUGCCAUUCUGGAGAACAAACUGAGGAUACAGGACAGUGCCGCUGCCUCAGAAGACAGUGCACAGGAGGAAUUGCUCAGUUCACCAGAGAGUGUAUCAGCGCAGCCAGCUCCUAUCACCCUCAUGCCUCUUCCAAUGGUCCCCACACAUGACAGCCGAUCUGGAGGUCAUCUUGGCGGCCAAUCUGAAGCUGUGUAUGCUGACCCAGUUGAUUGCAUCCAAUCUGUAUCAAGGCCGCAGCCGACCAUGGCUCUGUAUAUAGAUCCCGCAUGUGUUCUCCCGCUCAAACCCCCCGGCUCCACAGACUCUCUCACUCCCUCUCCUAACUCCUCUGCUGCACAUCCCAGCUUUAACAUCAAUCACCCAGAUUCAGAUUACUCGGAGGUGUAUGACAAAGUCAGUCCAGUCCAGAAUAAAACAACUGUCAUUCAGAGCAAAGGAAAAGUCGUGAAAAAGCAUCGUACACAUGAAGAACCCAUUUAUACUGAGCCUGUGAGCAAGAAGGAGGAAGUGUCUGAUAAAAAAGAGAGCAAGCCAGACCCAUUCGCUCACCUAUAUGCUCAAGUCUGCAAAAACCCUCCAUCCUUUGACACCAUCCCUCCCAGCUCCGCUUCAUCUUCCCCUCCUACUGCCAGUAUGAGCACAACAAAAGCCACGGACCACUCUAUUGAUGAUGAUGUCAUCUACGAAAACCUGGGCAUCAUUUAAUUUAGUUGUCAAGUGCAGCUUAUCACUAAAGUAUCUAAAGCAAAUGUAUGUAGAGCCUGACAUGUAUUUUUGUACACUGACUGCUGUGGGAGUUCACUGAGAAACACUUUACCUGGUUAGCACUUCUCCUGCAUAGAUACGCUUUUCAUUGUGUAUAUCUAUUUACAAAUAGGGAUGUCUGGAUUGAACACUUUUGCACUUACAUAAUGUCACGGUUUCUGAACUGUAGGAAUUGUAAAAUCUGCAGUGUCCUGUAUCCUGCGUUGCUGCCAUGUGAAAACAAAUCUUGCAGGUCACACGUGUGCGCUCAGUGUCCUGCUGCUCACCUGAAGCCUUGAGGAGAGCUAUUAAAAUAUCACAGGGAAGUUACAUUCCAUCCUUUUAUCUGCCCAAAAAAGCACCUUAAAUCGGCAGCGUGGAAGCAUUUCAGAUAUCUACAAACCGACCAGGGAGUUGUUGCUGAAGAUGGACGUCCAGUUUGCAAAGUGUGCGGCAUUAGUAGUUACGAUGGGCCCUAGUGCACGCUGUUGUGCACAUAUCGUCUCAUCAC